AGUUCUCACUCCGUUAGAAACUCAAGACGGUUUUAAUCAUGGACGGCGUUGAGGCCUUCAUUUUUGAUGUCUUUGGGACGACCGUCGAUUGGCGAAGUUCAGUCGUAAAGGAGCUCGAAGAACUAGGGCUGAAGCACUCCCUAUCUUACACUUCAUCCGACUGGAAGGACUUGGCCAAUGAAUGGAGGCAAGGUUAUAUGACGAAAACAUACGAAAUUGCGCAUGGGGGCACUGGCACCAAUGAUGUGGAUACUAUGCAUAGAGAGAUUUUGGAGGACAUGCUCUCAUCUUCCCGAUGGUCAGCUCUCUCCUCGGUACUUGACGAAGAUUCCCGGGCGCGUUUGAAUUAUGUAUGGCAUAGGCUGACGGGCUGGCCAGAUACCGUUAAUGGUCUAUAUAAUUUGAAGAAGAAUGCCAUCGUGGCGUGUCUCUCCAAUGGAAACGUCCGCUUAUUGGUUGAUAUGGCGAAGCACGCCGAUUUACCAUGGGAUGUUGUUUUCUCGGGUGCAUUAUUCGAAUCCUACAAACCUAACCCAAAAACAUACAACGGCGCUCUCAAACACCUCUCACUUAGCGAGAAUCCUCACAAAGCUGCGAUGGUCGCAGCCCAUCUCUUCGAUCUCAGAGGGGCAGCUAAAGCAGGACUGAAGACAGUUUACAUCCCCAGGCCCGACGAGGAGAAUGUCGGCGUAGUCCCAGAAGAAGUGAAGAGCAAAGCUGAAGGCGGGGAAGUAGACGUCGUAGUAAAGUCUAUCGAAGAGCUCGCGCAGCUUGUUCGAAAACAACGAUCCUGA